AAUAGGAGUGUUAUUACUUUUUAAUUCGUAUGUAGUAUUAUUUAUUAUUUUGUAUUAUAUUUUGUCAGCGUGGCCACUGAUAAGUACUCUACAAUUGCAUGUACAAUUUUAUUCAUUUAAAUUAUAUAUAACCAUUGAUUUUAUAGUAGUUAUACAAAUUUAAAUCAAUUAUCUAGCUUAUUGAUGUAGUAUACUAGGUCGAUUCGGGUGGAAAGAUAAUCAAAAAUUGUUCUUGUUAUCUCCCGCGCAAGUCCCAAACAAGCACAACAAAAUUUUAUGCUCGAGCAAUAAUAAUAUAUUCACAGGCGCACACUCCCAGGCAGCAGUUGAAGUUACGUGCCUUGUAACGUAUCAAUAACAUUCGUUCCAAAAGUAAAAUAUCAGAAAUACCGCCGUACACUAUCAUGGCCAAGUUAUUUAAACCUGGUUCGUCCACCGAGCCAACGUCAGAAAUUGAAUUAUCAUUGUCCUGCAGGUAUUUAAUUAUUAUAUUAUUAUACUGUUAUAUUAUAUUAUUAGACUGUUAAAUACGUACUGUUGCAAACAGUACGUAUUUAAUAAUCAUUAAGAUUCUAGUCACAUAUUGACAUUAUCAAUGUAGCUACGUGUUUUGUCAUUUACUUCUGCACCUAUAUACUUAACUUUAAUUUGCAUAUUAACAAGAAAAACAUUAGGUACUCUUUGAUUUGAUCACUUGUAGACUUAUAGAAAGAGGUCUUUAUUUCAGUAUUAUUAUAUUAUAUGACAUUAAACCAUUGUUUACAAUUUAUAUGGAUUUAUUUUCAAAAGUCCACUGUUAUCAUAAUACCUAAUAAUAUGACUGCAUACCUGUUACAAAAUUAAUUUAAAGGUAUUAUAAUAAAAAUGUAUACUCAGAGUGGCUAGAUUAUACAAAAAUUAAAAUACUAGACAAAAAUGAGUAGUGAUCAAUAAUGUAUUAUUACGAUAAUCAACUUUUUCUUUUAUAUUUUAAUUAUUUAGAUGACUGAGAUGUGUGAAGGAACAUAGUAAUAUUUUAUAUUUAUAAUUUACAUAUCUACUUUUAAAUAUAUUUUUUAAUCUAACAUUACACUACUGAAAAUACAAAAUAAAAUAACUAUUAGGUAUUAUUAACUAGUUUAGUAAAAAAAGUUGAUUAAAUACAUAUAUAUUUAUAAUGGUAAUAUCUAAUAACAAAAUAAAUAUCUUUAUUCCUUGGUAAAAUAAAAUUAACAAAAAAAAAAUGUUUACAUAAAUUUAUAUUUUUAAGAAUACUUGAUUUCUGAACAAAAACUCUUGAUUAUAUGUACAAUUUUUUUUUUUUUAUUAAAAAGUGCUUAAUAACCAACAAAAUAUAGCUUUUACAGUUCAAACUUUUACCAGCUAUUUUUAAAUAUUAUAUUUUCUUUUAAAAAAAAAAACACUAGACUUUGAUGUUAGAUAUAGAACACAAAUUGUUUGAAAACAUUUUAUACUAUAAUAAUAACUUGGGUGUUACAAAUGAUCAUUUUUAUUUUUUUGGAAAGUUUUUUAAAAAAAGUAAAAUUUUUAACACCAUUUAAGUGUCCUUGAAACUACAAGACUAGUAUAUAAAACACGGUACUUUUCUUUAUAAUAUGAACGCCUAGCCACCCUCAUAAUACCAAUCUUUUAGAUUUGUUCAAUCGUGCUCUGACGACCUAAUUUUAUAAUGCUGACAACAGCAUAGAUACAUUUUGAACGAAAAUUUCUAGUGUAGAUAUACUUUAUUUGCAAUAAGUAUAUUCUAUUUAUUUAUUUAUUUGAAUAUGUUACGAAAUUAACCCAAGUUACAAUAUAAAUAGUAUUUAAAAUAUGCUUUAGUAUUUAUAGGAAUAGAAUAUAAUGUAAUCAUGUAAUAAUGUUAUAUUUUUAUGCAUAAUAUUUGAAACAACCAUAGGCAAAAAAAGCACUUUUAACUCGGAUGAUGGAGGGAAGGGGGUUAUGAUGGUUAUGGGUUUAUAAGCCAAAACAAAAAACAAGCCUCAAGUCAUAAAAAAAUGUCAACUUCCUUAUGAAUACUAUGUAAAAUUUUUGUCGACUAUCCCCCUUUAUUUUUAUUUUAUGCUUAUAAAGCAAAAAUUAUCAGUAUAGGUAGUAGUUAAUUAAUAUACAUAUUUGUUGUUGAUUAAUCAGACUUUUUAUGUAAAUGUAUGAUUCACCACAUAGGUAGGUAAGUUGGUGGUCAAUGAAUGUACCUACUAAUGACACAUUAUUAAUAAGUUUUAUUAUUAUGUAGUAUGGUUUGGAAUAAAUUAAAUGCAUGUACCAUACCUAUUUUAGUCUUAUAAAAGCAUAUAUUUAAUAAAAUACAACCUAAAUUUAAGUUUUCUGAUGGUGGAGUUCAUAUAGUUAUUUUAAGUGAAUCAUUACUUAAAUUAUCUAUAUUAGUUUUUAUCUAAUUCUUUAUUUAAAUAAAACAACAUGCUUGUAGUAUAAAACCAACCGAACUUUAUAAAUUGUUUUCAGUAAAUUAAAUUCAUAGACAUUUAUGAAUAACUUAGUCAUCGUGCACUAAUUCAUUAAGUUUUUAUUCAAUCCAUACCAUUUAUCAUAAAGCACUAAUUUUUUGAGUCAUCUUGCACACAAUAAAAAAUUCUUUGGUAGUUAGAAAGUUUGAGAUAAGACUAGGUUUUGCUUGUAGUCAUGGCCAAAUUUAUGACUCAUAAUUCAUUAUAGAAAAUGUAAUAAAAUAAUGCGAGAUAAAGGCAUGCUUAUUUAAAAUUUAAAUCAGUUGGUUUUUCAAUAGAUAUUAACAAUACAAAUUGUUUAUACUUAUUAACAGUCUUAGAUCAUUUAAGUGUUAUCUUUUAAUAUUUUGUUGAUAUAUGCUCAGUAUUAGUAUUCAAUAUUCAUAUUUAUAAAAUUUAAAAUUGUAUCUAAUUAAAAUGUUCUAAUAACACAAUUGUUUUUACAGAAAUGUAUGGUUUACUUGAUUUAAUAUAGUUAAAUUAAUAAUUAUAAAUGUAAUUUAAUCUAGUUUACUUAAUAACUAGAUGAUCUUUAGAAUAUCAUGCACAAAGAUAUAAUGUUAUAUCCAUUUAAUAUAUAUAGUAUUAUAAUUUGUAUUUGUUCAACCUUCAAAUCUUAUUAUAUUUAUAAUGUUAUGAUUAAAUUUUAGAUUAGUUAUUCAUUAUUUCUACCUAGUACUAACUCAAAAAUUCAAAUAAAGAAAAUAUCACUGCGAGCGUGCCUAUUAUGCCUGGUUUCUAUAUGUAUAUCUUAUUAAAUUUUGUUAAUUAAUUUAUUGAAUAAUGAUUUAUAGUAAAAUUAAACUGACAAUUUAUACAAAUAAAUUAAAUAUAUUAUAUUUAACCAAUAAGAUCCUCUAUUAGUGCAUACUUAUGUAUCAAUAUAAUUAAUAAUACUAAAUAUCUACAAUAUUUAAAAUUAACUAAAACCUAAAACAAUUAUAUCAAUAGUAAAAAAAUAUAGAUUUUAAAAUUGAGUAUGUAUUAUGAACAAUUAGCUCGGAUUAAGUAAAGCUCAAUCAUUACCAGGAACACUCAUUUUUUUUUUUUAAGUCUAACUAUCUUCUUUCUUUUAUUUUUCUAAUUUGAACAUUGCCUAAAACUGUUAUUAGAAUUAUAUUAUCUAGAUUUCUAAAUAAAUAUAUUUUAUCAUUAAUUUGAUAUCUAAAUAUACAUCUCAAAAAAAUAUUAACCUAUACCAUGAAAUAAUGCCCAACUUAAACAAGAUUUGAUACUGAACAUAUUUUUGUUGAAGGUUGUAAGUAUUAUAAAAAUAAAAAUCCAAUUCAAAUACAGGGGAAUAGUUUUAGAUUAAUAGAUAAAUACUAGAUAGGCUUUAUAUUUGACUUUGUAUCAAGAAAUUUAAUUUUUCGAGUUCUAAGCUUAACCUUGUGCAUUGGAUGACGCCUAUGUUAAUUGACUUAAUUGUUAAUAAAUUAAUACCUACAAGUGUGAAAAUUGGUGAAAGCUUAUCGUUGUUACCUAACUAUUCCUCUGGCUCUAACGAUUCCUUUGCAUAAUACUUUUAAUGUAGCAGAGAUUUUCCAAUUGAUUGUCUCUGAGAUUAAGCAUAUCUCAGAUAAUAAUCUAAAAAUUUAGGACACAUUUAAUAAUCUUACAAUGAUCAGCUACAUUAAACUUGAUUGUGAUUAAUAAUUAUGUUUUGAAUGCAAUUGAAAAUCACUCUAAGGUAGAUGUAAUAUUUACUGAUUUCUUAUAAGUCUGACCAUGUUGAUCACAGAUUCCUGACGGAAGUACUGUCUUAAGGUGGUUUUUAUGAGUCCUUUAUCAAUGAUUCAAAUCACAUUUAAUGGGGAUGAGUAAUAAUAUGUGGUAAGAAAUCUGGUGUUCUUUGAGAAGGACAUUUAUGACCUUUAUUAUUUUCAUUAUGGGCGAAUGAAGUGACAAGAUGGAGAUAAGAUAAGGAAUGAGUACAUAAUCGGUAGUUUAGGCAUUGCUUCAAUAGUGAACAAAAUAAGAGAAAAUAAACAAAUAGAUAUUGUUUGAGUAUAUCAUGAGGAGAGAGAAAUUAAAAGCACUGAGAAUUGUAAUGAAAAUAUAAACGUAGGACAAAAGAGUGGAAGAGGAAGACUGAAAAAUAGAAGGUUCGAUACUAUUAUGUGUAAGGUGAAUGUAUGCGAGGAUGAUACAGGGUAUCGUGUAAAGUGGAAGUUUAGGACAGGUGGUCAACCACAAAUAGUUGAGAAGAACAUUAUAGAUUAUACCUGAUAUUAGAUUUCUUAUGUUUGCAAAUAGUUCAAAACUUUUACAUAAAAUUGAUUCGAUAGGUAAUUGGGUAAUCUUCCAAGAGGAGUUAAACGUGCUUAUCAUGUGGUUUAAUUCCAUUGGUUUACAGUUUAACAUUAAUACAUGUAAGUCCAUAUAUUUUGAUUGGUACUGCUUUCCUAUUAACUAUACUUAUUUAAUUAACAGCUUGUGUUUUUAUGUGGUCACUACUCACUACUAAGAUUUACCUAAGUAUACUAUUCUGUAAACAUUUAAGAUUUUAGGUUUUAACUAUGCACUGUUCUUUUGUUCGGUCUUUACUUGAUUAUGUAUAUUUUAUUUGGAUCCAUUUAUGAUAACUGACUCCUUACAUUUAGAACAAGUUCAGAGGCAUUUUUUAAUAUUUGCUGUCUUUGCUUUAAAAAUUAAACAUCCUUAGCAUGAUCACCUAACAGUAUUAAAUCAGCGUGGACUUACUUCCUUGUCUGAUAGUAGGUGCGUUAACAAAAAAUAUUUCGUGGAGGGGGGUAAAAUUGUACACUUUCAUACUCUUAUAACAAAGAAGUUUACAUACUUACAAUUGUAGGAUUAUUUAUUUUUCAUUAAAAAUGUCAAAAUAUUAAUCAAAAGUUAAAAUAUUUAAAAUGAUAAAAAUGUAUUAAUAAUAUUGUGUGUAUUUUUUUUAUCAUUAUACAUUUGUUUUUGCUUUUUUAGAAACUUAUUGGAUUGUGAUGUAUUUUCUAAAUCUGAUCCUAUGUGUGUUGUGUAUAUGAAAACCCCUGAAAGUUUUAAGUGGAAUGAAAUUUGUCGUACAGAAUGUAUUAAUAAUUCUUUAAAUCCUGAUUUUGUAACAAAAGUAAUAUUUGUUUAUCUAUUUAUUUAUUUAAAAUCAUAAUAAAAAUUUUAUAUGUACCUAUUUCCAGGCUCAUAUUCUAUAUCGGUUUGAAGUUCAACAGUUAAUUAAACUUGAAGUAUAUGAUAUAGAUUCAAGACUACAUGAUUUGAAAUGUCAAGAUUUUUUGGGAUCCUGUGAAACUACUCUUGGCCAUGUAAUAUAUUGGUUUGAUUGGUUACUUGCUAUUUAAGUUAUUAUGAGUUUAUUUUUUGUAUUUUUUAGAUUGUAUCUUCAGUAAGAGUUAUUUUACCUCUGAAAGGAGCUAAAGCUAAUAACAAAGGUCAGGUUAUUGUUAAAGCUGAAGAACUUCCUGCAUGUCAUGAUGAAGUCACUUUAUAUUUUAGUGGAAGAAAUUUAGAGCGAAGUGACUGGACAGCAAAGUAGGCAUAUUAAUAUAAUUUGACUGUGAUAUCAAGAAUUUAUUUUCAAUUUAUAUUUUAUUGUAUUUCAGGAUUUUCUCUUGGUUUUCAAAAGCAUAUCCAUUUUUAGAAUUGCAUAAAGUUGGUGAGGAUGGACAGUAUCAAUUAGUGUAUAGAACUGAAGUUGUUAGUUGGACAAACAAUCCUACUUGGAAACCUAUAACCUUACCUGUCCGUUCAUUAUGCGGUACAGACUUUGAUAGAGACAUUAAAGUAAUAUCCUACCACUACAGACAAAAUGGAAAUCAUUUGUUAAUAGGUAAAUAUAUAAUAAUAUUUAAUAGUAGGUUUUUCAAAUGAUAUAUUUUUUAAUUAACUUUAAUGUUGACAAUUAAUAAACGAUAUUAUUGUUAAUUAACUAGACUAAAAUUGCAACAAAAAAGGUCAAUAUUUUGAAAAUUUAAGAAACAAAUAGUUCUAAAGUGUUACAUCACAUUUAUUUUGUGACCUUUAUUUUUUUGGGUGGAACGACUACAUAAUUUUGAUUUUCAAAUGCCAACCAAUAUUAAAAAUGCCUUAAAUAGAUGGAAGUAUUGGGAUAAAUAAAUUUUAGUGUUGACAUUUUUAAUUUCUAUCUUUUCAUUAACCAGAUAUUCCACAAGUUUGAGUCAGAGGAGAGUAGCUGUGCAUUAUUAAAACGGUAUUCUCCUUACUGCCGCCACACAAACGAUGCUCUACUACUCUCUCCUGACCCAAACUUAAAAAUGUAAUAUCUCAUCAACAGAUUGACGGAAAUUAAAAACUUCAACACCAAAAUUUAUUUUAACUAAUACUCCAUUUAUUUAUGGGAUUUUAUUGUAGGUUGUCAUUUAAAUAUCAAAAGUAAGUAGUCGUUUUACACCCACAAAUUAAGGUGGCGAAAAAUAAUGUAAAUGUAAAAUUGUAGAGGUACUUGUUUCUUAAAUUUUCUAUAUAAAAGAUUCCGAAAAAAAAUUAAUACUUUUCUAGAUAAUGAGUGUAAUACAAUAAAAGAAUCACCUGUUAUAUUGCAGUGAAAAAUGAUCAAGUUUGUGACUAAGUGCUUAAAAAAUCAUUCUUAUAAUAGAUUAGGUUUAGUGAUUGCAUGAAAUAUCAAUAGUGAUGAUUUUCUAAAGUUCAAAGUAGAAAUCACAGACUGCUUCUAGUAGUGUUAUUGAUACAGUUAGCCAUAUGCAUUACCUCACAUUUGCUUUCCAGUGUAAAACAGUGCCUACUAAUCUGUAUAUAAUAAAAUUACAAUAUCAAUUGUCAAGUAAAUAGCAGGUAACAGUAUACUAGUAACAGUCUCUGCUAUUUUUAUUUCGACAUUUUUAGUAGUAGUAGUAAAUAUUACUACUACUAUAGAAAAAUCCCUAUAUGUCAUUAUUUAUUUAAAUUUAAAUGAUAAAAUAAAAAUGGAAGGGUAAAACUUUCGAAAUUGGAAAUUAUUUCUUAAUCAAAAUUAAUAAUUUAUGCAUAAAAUAUUUUAUAAGCUAUUUUUAUUUAGGAGAUAUUUUACUAAUGGUAUUAAAUCUAAACAUUGAGUACUUAUAUAACUAUCAAUAUAGUACUUUUAUUUUCAUAUUAUAAUGAACACAAAUUUGAAUUACAAUAAUUAAAUGAACAAAAUAAUCUACAUUUGUUUUAAUUUAAAUUUGUUAUUUCUUAUCCGUAAAAAAAUAUUUGUAUUAAAAAACAUGAUAUUGUAGGGGAGUUUCAUACUACAAUGCAUCAGUUGAAAAAAGGCCCUGGACCAGAAAAUGAACAUAAAUGUAUCAAAUCAAAGUCAUCUGUAAGUAUAUUAUUGUAAUAUUGUAGUAUAAUUUACAAUUAAAUGAAAGGAGUAUAUAGGUGAUUUAUUUUAUAAAAUAUUUAUCCAAAAUUAGUUUUAUUUGAUAUCAUUUCAAUUAUUGUGAUGAUUUAAGUUUAAAUUUGAAACAACUAACAGAAGGAUAUGCAAUUAAAAUAAUCUUUAAAGAGAUGCUUCUUUACAGUGCAUGACUUGAUUUUGCCCAAAAUGAAAAUGUAAAAUGGUUUCCACUCUUCAUAAUGUCAAAGGGUCAACUUUCCUGCCUUGUAGUAAUCUGAUUUCAAUCUUUUUUUUUUUUUUUUUCCUUGAAAGAUUAAGAUUUUUUACUUUCCGUAAUGGACUUUGAUUUUAAAAAUGUAUUUUCAAAUGUUAUAUUUAGAAUCUAAAUAAAAAUAAUUUGUUUAUUAUUUUUUUAAACUUAUUUUGUUUGUGUAUUUUGGUUAUAUAAUCAGAAAAAAAAAAUAAUAAAGUUGAUACUGCAAAAUAACUGUUUUAGAUGAAGUUGGAAUGGUAGACUUCUUAAAGUUAUUUAAUUUAUAUCUGUAAGCAACAAUAUAUGAUGUUAAAUAAAUACAAUUCUGAGCAAAUUUCAGUUUUACUUCAUGUUUUGAAUUGCAGUAAUAUUUAAGGAAUUUGCCAAAAUUGAUUUUAUAUUACGAUUAUAUUUUUUCAUAAUAAUAUUAUUACGAAAUUUAUUAUUUACGUCAAUAAACUACUACAUCAGCUGCAAUUUUUUUUUACAUUAAUAUUUAGUAUAUCUGGAGGUCAUAAAAAAUGUGUGGAACAAAAAAAAAGGCAAUGUGUUUUGGUAACUGAUAAAUUUCCUAGAAAUUUAUUAUUUUGCAAGGUGAAAAAUAAUGGAAUGACAUAUUUUGUAUUGCACAAUCGAGCAUUUUCAAUGUUGAACAUUUACAAACAUAAAAUUAUAUUUUGUAAUUACCGUAUCAUAAACCAUUACUUAAAUAUACUAUAUGUAAAUAAAUAAACUUGGGAUAUAAGAUCAGUAAUAUUUCUUAUGGCCUGCUAUAAGAAAUAUUUUUUUAACUAGAUAAAUUUUCAUACCUAAAUGUACUUAAGUGUACAACCUUCUGGUACAUUUUUAAUGAUUUCUUUAUUUCACAUAAAAUAUACCCUGAAAAAAAUGUAAAAUGUCUAUAAAUAGAUCAAAAAUGGCCAAAGUAAUUUAAAUUUUACCAUGUCAAGACAACGCUGAUUUAAGUUCUCUAUUAUUAUUGACAAACUUCUUAAUUGAAGCAAGAUUUCUGGUAAAAAAGUUUAUACAAAAAAAAAAAAAAAACAGUAAAACUAAUAGAUCACUCUACACUCAGAAUCGAUAAUUGAAAGUGCAAUGUGCCUUAUAAGAAAUUAUCCUCUUUCCUACAAAAAAAAAAAAAAUUAAAUUGGACAUUAAUUCUGUAAACCAUGAUUUGAAAAAAAAAAAUAAGGUUGUGUCCCAGAUCCCCUAUGAUAUAAUAUAACAAUACCUAGUAUAAUAUAUUGGGAAAACUACUACCAAAAAUGGUAAACUAAUAGAAAAUCAAAUUGAUGAUUAUAUUCCUAAAGAUCAUAAUCACCCCCUUUUUUUAAUACUAUAAUAGUUUUAUACAUAUUACAUUAAUAUUCAUAAAAAUGAUAUAUUUGUAUUCUUAAUAAUUUCUAAAAAUUCUAAUUUAUAGUCAAUUUAAUACAAUAUUUAAUUAUACUAAUUAUGGUUGGAAAUCUCCUUAAAAAUAGUUGUUAAUAGCCUAAGGGGUAACCUAAGAGCCUGUAUCUUAAAAUAAAUCAAAUUUCUAUUAACUGUCAAAAACACUUAAGUAUAUACUUUAUCUGUUCAAUUAUGAAAUUGAUUAUCUAUAAUUUUCUGUUAUAAAGGUUUUCAAUAAAGAUUUUAAAUAAUGUAUUUUCCAUGAUUGUUUAUUUGCCGAUUCCAAUUAUUUAACUAUUUUAAAAAACAAAUAUUAAUGAAAAUUGGUCAAUUAAAAUGCAUAUAUUUUAAAUUUAAGUAUCUUUAUUUAAUUAACAUUUUUUUAUUUUUCAUUUCAGAAAAUUUAUGGGACUGUUAGUCUGAAUCAUUUUGAGUUAAAAAAAACAUUUACUUUCCUGGAUUAUAUAAUGAACGGUACACAAAUUAAUUGUACAUUUGCCAUAGAUUUCACGGGUAAGGUAUUAUCAUAUAUUCAUGAAUCGGGGAUAUUUUAUUGUUAUUUUUUUUUUUUAAUUCUAUUACUUUGCUUAUUAGCUUCUAAUGGAGAUCCGAAAGAUUACAAUUCUCUGCAUUACCUCAGUAAUCGACCCAAUCAGUAUGAACAGGCUUUAUCAGCUGUGGGAGAUAUUAUUCAAGACUAUGACAGUGAUAAAAUGUUUCCAGCUUUGGGAUUUGGAGCAAAAAUUCCACCACAAGGCAAUGUUUCUCAUGAAUUUUUCUUAAAUUUACAAGCCAGUGAUCCAUACUGUGCUGGAAUAGAAGGUAAAUAUCACUACUUACACAUUACAUAAGUAAUCUAUAAAAAUCUAAAUUAUUUACAUAUUUAAAUACUAAAUAAUAUAAUAACUAGAGCUCAGAUGUUUAUGACUGUAUACGUUUAAACAAAAUCAGAAUUAUACCCGAUAAUAUGAUAUAAAUUUGAGUGAUGUCUAGAUUUAAAAUAUGCAUAACAUUUCUGUUUUUUAAAGAUAAUAAUGAGAGUUCUCUGUAUUAUGUUGUUUUUGUCUAAUUUAUAUUUAUGCUUUAAUUUGAUUUUUUUUUUUAUCUCAGUUACUGAAUCUGAAUCAAUUCGUUCAUUUAAGUUUGAAUGAAUGAAACAUUUAUGAACGACCUAUCUCUAUUUCAUAUUCAUAUUGCUGACCAGAGUAUUGCAUACUUUUCUCAUACUAUUUGUCCUCUUCUGAUAUAUUAUCUAGCAGACAUUCCCCUUCUUUCAUUAUGUCUAAAUUAAAAGUAAAAGGUUGUUUCAUAAUGUUUCCAUGUACACUUUAAAAUGUUCAGAUAUUUUUUUUAUAGUUCAGGAGUUACCCAGGAUAUGUUUCUUUUUACAGCCUUGAGAAAUUAAUUUUCCUAAGAAUAUUAUAAAAAUGUGUAUCAGUUGGCUAUAGACCAGAUAGUAUGAACUUAUGUAUUUACACAGUUUAAUUAUUUGAGAUUUGUGUUGAGUACCACCUUCUUAAUUUAUUAUUUUUAUAUGUUUAAAUUUUACAUCUUGAUUGUAUCUAAAUUAUUUCACAUAUAUAUUAGAUCUGAUACCCGAAAUAAAUUUUAUUCUAUUCCAUAUUUUGUAAUUUGUCUUCUUUUAGAGCUUAUAGUCUUAAAGAGAUGUUUAUUUUUUACCUGUGCGCAUUUUUUUCUCAUAGAAGUCUCUCUCAAUUUCUACAUGUAGCACCUUUUCUGAAAGGAAAUUGGCAUGUGGAAGAACUUAUAGGAGGAAGGAAAGGAUAGGAAAGGAUAGGAAGAAAAAUAUAUGAAAUAUAUUACUUAAAUAUUUAGAUUUUUUUUUCCUCAGCAUAACUUUUCUACUAGCAAUUUUGCUUUUAUUAAAAGGUGCUACACUUUUUAAUUCAGAACAAGAUUUCUAGCAGAAAAAUUGUUCAGACACAAAAAAUUGAAAAAUACAAAAACACCUAGUAAAUCAAUAAAUUCCUGCUACACUUUGUCUCUAAAUUCUAUAUAUGUAUAUUAUGUAUUGUAUUAUAAAUUCUAAUUUAUAUUACUAUAAUUAAAUGAUAUUGUCAAUGUUCACUUAUGGUUUUAAAAAAUGUAAUUUAUGUUCAAUUUUAGGUGUAAUGAAUGCAUAUCAUCAUUGCAUUAGAAGUGUUGAGUUAUAUGGACCAACAAAUUUCAGUCCUGUAAUCAAUCACGUUGCAAAGUUUGCUCAAGCAUUCCAAGAUGGAUCUCAGUAUUUUAUUCUGCUAAUUAUUACAGAUGGGGUUAUAACUGAUAUGUUCCAAACUAAACAGGUACUAAAAAUCAUUUGAAUCUAUUGUACUUUGUAUUAAGUUAGAAUAAUAGUAAAUAUAAGAGAUCAUAAAAAUAAUGUUUGAAGGGGUAUAGCUCAUUAUUGACAAAUAUUAUUUAGGCAAUAAUCCAAGCAUCCACUUUGCCUAUGUCAAUUAUCAUAGUGGGGGUAGGUAAUGCAGACUUUGCAGCGAUGGAAGAACUGGAUGCUGAUACGGUUCCAUUAGAAAUUCGUGGUGUACGUGCAACUAGAGACAUAACACAAUUUGUAUCAUUUAAAGAUUUCCAGUCUUAUGAUAACCCAGCUGUAGCAAAGGCAAAUUUAGCUCGAGAAGUACUUGCUGAAAUACCUACUCAAUUUGUAGGGUACAUGAAAUCAAAAAAUGUUAUUCCAAAGAACCAACAAAAAUAAUUUUUUUAAAUACUUAAGGUAGGGUGGCCAUAUUUAUUUAAAAAAAAAAAUUGGCACAAACAAUUUUGACUGGAUAUUUUAAUAUGCCUCAAUACUUGUUCCACAAUAACUGUUUAUAUUUGUAAUACUGUAAAACUAUUUUGUUCAUGUACAACAUAGAUAUUUAAUAUUAAUUUCUUUUAAAUGCAUACUAUUAUAAGGAUAACAGAACCAAUCUUCUAAAAAGUAACUUGUUUGAAGGGGUAAUGAAGACAUAAUGCUCACAAAAAGAGACAAUCCCGUUUUUAACUGGAUAUAUUAUGGUCACCCUAAUUUAAGAUGAUAUUUAUUUUAUGUUAACCUAUUUUGUUAAAAUAUAAUACUAUUUAUACUUAGUUAAUUGUGAUUUUUAACCUUUUUACUUUUAUUACAUUAUUUUUAUCUUUAUGGGUAUUUUACUUUUUAAUGAUAAGUCUUAAAAUAAUUCCUCAUUGAAUUUAUAUGCAUUUAUUUUAAAGAGAUAGUGUAAUUGUGGCCAUAUUUGUUAUAUAUUUAUAAUUAUUGUUUACAUGUUUAUUGUUUUUUAUAUAUAUAUUAUCAUUUUUCUUAAUAAAAUUAUUGAAAAUUUUGCCUAUGUAUAUUAAGAACUAAUUUUUUUAAUAAACUAAUUAAUACAAAAUACACCUUUAAAUAAUUAUAAUCAAAUUUGAAUUAAUGAGUUUAAUUUCAAAGUAUGAUACAAUAUUAUAAGGAAGCUAUUUAUUUCUAGACAAAGUGUUCUUAAAAUUAAAAUGUAAAUUUUGAAUAUUUUAUUCGUGGAAAUCUAAAAAAGUACUAAGUUAUUUCAUCUAUUUUUUUUAUUUAUAAGGUUUUAAUUCUCUAAUUUAAUCAAUAUAAUACCAAAAUUAAUAGCACUUGAAUAUUUUACGCAUUAGGUAUACCACAUAAUGUUGCUCCUGUUCAUUGACAUAAAUUGAGUGAAUUGACACAUUUUUUUUACUUAUAAACCAAUUCUUGGCUACCUAACAAAAAUUAAUCUGCACAUGUUUAUAUAAAAUUACUAUGAUGUUAAAAUUUUGCAGCCUUUUAAAGUAUGUUACACGUGUACAGCUUAUCCGUAAAUACAUAACUGAAUUAAAUUUUGUGCUAAAAUUUGAAUAGAACUUUUAGAUCUUAGAAAAUAUUUUCGAAUGUGCAAAUCUACUUAAUCUAUUUAAUUAAAUGUGCCCUUUAUAUAAAGUUAAAUUGCUUAAUUUUGUGUUUUUUUUUUAAAAACUAAAUUUGAAUAUGCUUAAUCUAUGGUCUAUAGUGUAACUUUUAGAUGAUUUAAUAAUUUAUUACAUUUAAAAUUUGUUAGUAUUGUAACAACUAAAAACCAGAUUAAUAGAUCUACGCAGUAUAAUAAUAAAACAACUUUAAGUAGGUAUAUUUUAUAUGGCUUAAUAUGUAAUAUAAUCAUUGUAAGAUUAAUCAAAAUCGUCAUAUGUUAGAUGCUUAUUUGUUCUUGGAUUAAACCAGACUGGUUUUUAUUUUUUUCUGAGAGAGUAAAUAAUAUUAUAACAAUAAUUAUUAUGGCAACAUCUCUUAUGUGUUAUUGUAUUGAGAAAUAUUUAUAAGUGGUAAUAAAUACAAUUAACAUAAUUUUUUUUUUAAAUAUAUAUAUAUAUAUAUAUAUACCUACUAAGAUUAUGAAAAAUGAAAUGUACAAAACAUUAUUUUUAAUAUAAAUGUUUACGCACAAAUCAUUGAUUACACUAUUGUUAAUUAUAAUUAUUAUUUAUUAACUUUAUAUUUAUUUGGUUUAUAUAUUAUUGUAAUACAUGUAUUUUAUCCAUUGAAGAACUUUAAUAAAGAAAAUAAAUUUGAUAAAAUGAAAAAAAAAUGCAAUUUUGCGUGCCUAAUGCCUAUGCUUAUUUGUAAUAUUAUAAAAUUUGUGUUGCUUUUGGGUAAAUAUCGAUAGGAUCAAAAUUAAUUUUCAAUGCGUGCUGUUCGUUUCCACUUUCACUAAAAUAUAUGAUUAUAUACUUUUUAUUGUUACAGUUAGAAAAUUAGAUUGAUAAAUUAGAUUAUAUUCUAUAGGCUAUAAUCAAAGCGUCCACACUGCCGCUGUCUAUUAUCAUUGUAGGCGUGGGAAAUGCUGAUUUUCAAUCAAUGGAAGAAUUGGACGGGGACACCGUAAUGCUUGAAGCAAAUGGAAUCAAGGCUGCCAGAGAUAUAGUGCAGUUUGUGCCAUUUAUAAAUUUUCAACAAAUUGAAAACCCAUUGAAUGCCAAAUUAUACCUGGCCCGUGAAGUAUUGGCUGAAAUUCCUGCCCAGCUUAUUGGGUAUAUGAACAGUCGUAAAAUUGUUCCCAAACAAUUAAAUUAAAACUAUUUGUAAAAAAAAAAAUGUGUUAAAGAAUUAUCUAAUCAUUUAUUUAUUUAUUAAUACUACUUUUUCAAUUGUAUAAUAUUUUAUUAACAUCAUCUUGAUCAGUUGCGAACGUAGGAGGGAUUUUGGAGAUUCAACCCCACCAUCAAAAAAUUAUGAAAUAAGUUAUUUCAAACGUGGUAUUUAUAAAAAAAUAUAACAAAUAAUUACCAGUACCAAAUUAAUGGUAUCAAUUUUUAUUUUUUCUAAUUCUCCCCAAAAAAAAACUUUUCUGCGUCUGUCCUUAUCAUUUUGAUUAAUUUAUUUGUGUGCUUUCAUUUAACCUUUGAGACUGCCAUACCAAUCAUUGAUCUAUAAUUAACUAUUAUCACUUUGUAUAGUCUUUAAAUAUUAAUAGUUUUUCUAUUUUUUAUUAUUUUACUUGUGUCAUUGAAUUUAAAAUAUUUUAUAAAACCAAUGUUUGUACCUUUAAUUAAAAUAUUAUUAUCUGAAUGGAAUCGAACUUAUCAAAUGACCAAAUCUUAGUAUAUAGGUGUAUUACUUUAUUAGUAUAUCUAAACUAGUAACUUAUUAUUUAAGACAAAUUUAUUAUUAAUACUAUUUUUUUUUUUAUAAUGUAAUAUUAUAAUUAAUAUAAUUAUUAUAAUUAGUCAAUAUUAACCUUAAAUGACAAAAAACUUAUAUUACUUGAAUUGUAGACAAAUAUUGCCUAAACUAUUUACUUACAGAAUUAAAUUUCAAUUUCACUUUUAAAUACCUACUCUUUUGUGUUGUGUUGCCACUGUAAUGAAUCUAUGAACGUGCUCAAUAUAACAAUUACAUUAAUAUUUCUUUUUAAUAUGCAAUUAUUAUUUAUUACUAAAUCAAUUACUAAUCAUUUGAAUUUUCCACAAUAUCACAAUUCAUUUUAAAACAGUGUAUUGUUGAUGCCUGCAAAUAAAAAUUAGAUUUAUGAUACAUAUCCAUAUCUACAGUAACAUAAUUUAAUAAUUAUUAUUUAUUGUACUCACACAAAUUGUCUUCAUACAAUCAAAUAUAUAAAUGUACCUGCAUCAUAUAAGUGUACAACUAUUGUAAAUAUUACUCAUGUUUUUUUACUAUCAUCUUAAUUGUUAAAAUAGCUUCAUAUUAUUAUAUAUUUACCUACUUAUUAAUUGAUUCACGUCAUCGAUAUUGACUGUUGGAUUCAUGAAUUUGACUCAAUAAAUACACCUAUAUAUUAUAUAUUUUUAUCUUUUUAUAAAAUUAUUUUUUUCAUAGGCAUUGAUUUUUGAAUAUGGUUCUAUUUCUAUUGAAAUUUAUUACGUAGGUUUUAAGUUUUAUAAAUAUUUAACAAAAUGACAUUAUGAAAUGUAUUCUAGUCAAAUAAAUUUGAAUGUAUAUCUGUAUUUUAUUUUGUUUUUAAAUAGAUGUUUUAUAAUAUCUAUAAACAAGUUUAUAUAUACUUAUACACCAACCAACAAUUUGUACUAAGUAAUAUCUUAUUUAAUUAUAGUUCUUCAUACUAUAAAUAGUUAACUGUAGUUUUUUAAUCUAAUCAACAAAUGCAAAUUAAACCAUGUAAAUUUAAUUUAUUUCUAUUUUAUAAAAUUUAAAACUUGUAGUCCAAUCACGUUUUGUUUUUUCAUCAUUUGAAAUAUCAUUGCUAUUAAAAAAAUUUAUAAUAUAAUACACACUUGAAAUAAUGUUAAUAAUAAGUAAUGAUAAUCCUAUUUUGUAUCUACAAUUUUAUUAUUCUGCAUGUACAAUUACACUAUCAUAUCACACUGAAAGAAUUAAAUCAUCUAUUAGUAAGAAUUUUUUUUUUUUUGUAUGAAUCAUAAAUUAAGAUUUUUAAAUAUAUUUAUUUAAUACACGAUUUUAAAUUUAUUUUUUAAUCAUCCAAAGAUGCAUUGGCAUUUUUAAAUCUAUCAUGUAUUGUUUGUUGGC